UGUGCCCAGGUGCGCCCGGCCCGGCCUGCCCGUGGGGGGCCUCGGGCACGGCUUGGGUAGGGGCUGCGGAGCCGGAACAGGCCGGGGUGGUGCAGCCCCCCGCGGGGACGCAGCUGGAGAGUGCGGGCGGCCCUUUGUGGUGCGGCUGCUUGCUGCCCCUCGGAUGUUCCUGCAGGCACCGCGGUGGUGGCGGCGGCCGGGCUUUGCUCCGGAGAAGUUUUGUUGCUUCGGUUGUGAGGGUUGGCCAGCUCCCUGACCCGCGUGGAUAAGUACAAACAAACAAACAAAUACCCUAAAGAUAUGAAGCCUGCUAAAAGAAGCCAAUGAGCUUUCCAGGAGGAGCCAGGGAGAGGUGAAGCCACAAGGAGUCUGAGGGCCCAUGGGAAGAGUUGCAAUAACAGGCUCUCUUCUCCGAAACCAUGCCAGAGAUGACAGACAAUGAGACACCUAGUAAGAAGCAGCAUCGAAAGAAAAACCGUGAGACACAUAACGCAGUGGAGAGACAUCGAAAGAAGAAGAUUAAUGCUGGGAUAAACAGAAUUGGAGAACUCAUUCCCUGCUCUCCAGCACUUAAGCAGAGCAAGAACAUGAUCCUGGAUCAGGCCUUUAAGUAUAUAACAGAAAUGAAAAGACAGAAUGAUGAACUACUGUUAAAUGGAGGGAACAAUGAACAGGCUGAAGAGAUAAAAAAACUCCGGAAACAGUUGGAUGAACUGCAAAAGGAAAAUGGGAGAUACAUCGAACUACUGAAAGCAAAUGAUAUUUGCCUGUACGAUGACCCUACAAUCCACUGGAAGGGAAAUCUCAAAAAUGCAAAGGUCUCGGUUGUUAUUCCCAGUGAUCAGGUUCAAAAGAACAUCAUUGUCUAUUCAAAUGGGAGUCAACCCAAUGGAAAUAACCAAGGAGCGUCUGUCCAGGGAAUAACAUUUAACGUUGGUCAUAAUUUACAAAAGCAAACAGCCAACGUUGUGCCAGUCCAGAGAACUUGCAACCUAGUGACUCCUGUGACAAUUUCUGGUAUUUACUCCACAGAAAACAAGCCCUGGUCGCAAACUACAGUUUCUCCUCUGGCAUCCGCUCAGCCAGUUCCAGCAGGGAACGUUCUUGAGCUUUCCACCUCAGAGAAUGAGCGAGGCGUGCUCGCCGCUGCUACUGCCAGCUCACAGAGCAUGUCUGGAUCUGGAACAGAACGGGAACUGCAGUGUUCUUCAGGUAAUGCACAACUGAAUGAUCAAAAUCUCCCCAAAAGUAAAAAUGAUGAGGAGGGCACUAAAUCAACAAAGAAAACGCUCCUGCAGGGAAUUGGCCUUCCUUCCAGUGCUUCCACGGAAGCCUCCCAAGUUCAACAGGUGAAUGACACUUGCUCAAAUGCACACAAUUCUAGGAGUGACGUUCAGGAAGGCUGUGUCACUUCAGCCACAGACACAGCUUGCAUGCCAUCUGUGAGACUGUCUACUGCAGAUAGUUUUUCCCCUGUAAAUGUCCUCAAAAGUACAGACUUAGUAAGUAGUGCUGGAAUGCCUGUGACUUCUGCAGCAGAAGGAGUUAAGGCUGUGACGGCAAUAAGCACUCUGCCUGCCGGUCCCCUAGAGAACUGCUGGUCUUUUUCAGGCUCUUCGGGUGUUGGCACUUCAGACUUGAAAAACAUGAGUAGCCUUACACGGAUGCCUUCAGCUGGAAACACACAGACCACAUGGACAACUUUGCAGCUAGCGGGAAAUACCGUUCAGCCACUAAGUCAAACGCCAUCCGGUAUAAUGACUGCACUAUUAAACGAGCCAGUUAAUGGUGCUGCUGCUGUAUCUUCUGCUCACAGCAGGCCUUUGACUACAAGUAUCAGUUUGAAUACUUCCCUGCCUGGGGAUGGCCAGGCAGCUGAACAGAUUGUAGUUACCUUGCCCUCGUGCCCACCCUUACCUAUGCAGCCAUUAAUCAGCCAGCCACAGGUUAAAACUCAGGCUGCAGGAAAUAUCCUUCCAUUAAAUUCAGCUAUGCAGGUGAUUCAGAUGGCUCAGCCAGUCGCGUCAGCUGUUACAGGAGCACCAGCUAACCAGAAUGUCAUCAUUCUCCAGCCUCCAAACCCCGCUCCGUGCCCUCCAAUUGUGAGAGCGGAAGUUCCCAGCCAAAAUGUUAGUCAGCAAAUUGUAAUUAUACAAGCUGCUAAUCAGAAUCCUCUUCCCCUCCUCUCCGCUCAGCCUUCCACUUCUGUAAGAGUUCCCAUGAACGGGCCCACUGCAAUCGCGAACUCUAGCAGCUGCGUACAAAAUGCCUCUCUUCCACAGACUUUUGGAGGGAAACACCUUGUCCAUAUAUUACCAAGACCAUCCUCUUUGCCAUCUUCUAGCUCUACGCAAACGUUUUCAGUGACAAUGUCAAAUCAACAGCAUCCUCAAACUAUCUCAUUAAACGGGCAGCUUUUUGCUUUGCAGCCUGUGAUGUCUUCAUCUGGAGCUUCAAAUCAAGCCCCUAUGCAAAUUAUUCAACCCACCACCAGCGAAGAUCCAAAUACCAAUGUUGCCCUCAAUACGUUUGGUGCUUUAGCUAACCUCAAUCAAAGCAUAUCGCAAAUGGCUGGACAGAGCUGCUUACACUUGUCUCUCAGCCACCCUACCAACCCUACAACUGUCAAUAACCAGAUUGCCACAGUUAACUGUGUGUCAUUACCAACUUCUGUGGCAUCUUCAGUACCUGCGGAGGUUUCGGUACUAACUAGCGCGUCUAAUUCAAUAAACACUUCCCCCAAAAAAGCAGCCGCUGGUUUGCCAUCCAAUGCAAAAUCAAAAAGGAUGAACAAAAAGCCAAGUACGAAGAAGCACCAAGCAGUCAACAGUAAAGCGUCCUGUCCAGCAGUUCCUUGCAAAGACACAGGGAAGGUGGACUCUGCUCCCAUGGAAACGGUGGCAAAGCAUUCAAACGGUAAGGGGCUGCUUGAAAAUGCUCCAGCGGUAUCGCAAGCUUCAGCGACGUCACAGGCAAGUGGUGUGGCAGCAUCGAAUGUUGUCAGCGUUUCUGACUGUCAUUCCAAAGAGAGUGCAAGCUCUGAACAGGCAGCCAAAACCUGCCCUGUCCCUGAGCAGAGCUCAGCAGAGGCGCCGGCUUCCUCACCACUGGCGUCUGUGGUGUCAGAGCAGCUGACGCUCGUCCCGCCGACUGCCAAAGAUGCUGCUCCUCACCAGCAGGCCCGAGGGUCUCAGAACCGUCCACCAACCGGCUCUGCCUUGUCAGAGUCUCCCAAACCCUGUGAAACUCCCAGCACCUUAGCAUCCUCUCGUACCGAAGCACAUGUGACACAUUCUCAGGUUGCUGGGACGUCCACAGCACAGAGCAGCACAGCAAGUCAUACGUCCAAGGCAGGAACGAUAUCGGAGUCCUGCAACAUUGCGCAGGAUUCCUCAGCGGUAAUGCAAGACGCGGACUUGUUAGAAGGACAGGGUCUAACAAAAAUGCUGUCUGAUCUCACAAAAGAAAGAACAACUGUGGAAAAAUCCUCUUCAUUUACUGUUCAGGGGGAGCAUUCUAAUUUUCCCAUGGAAAACGCUAAAUCAGCAGAAUCAAGUGUUGAUUUGCCUGAGAAGCAAGAACUCUUGCUAAUGAACACGGAAGGUGAUACUCUCUCCCAGCAUCACUCCUGCAUUCCUGAUCAGGAAGUAGUCAGUGCUUCCCUUAUCACUAGCAGGCAGGCAGACUCCCCGAUGUCAACUAGCUCUGGCAGCAGUCGAGGCUUCUCAGUUGCAUCUAUGCUGCCAGAUACCACCAGAGAAGACGUUAGUAGCAGCACCUCAACCAGUACAUGUAACAGCUGCACAUUUUCAGAACAGACUGACAUUGUAGCUCUCGCAGCAAGAGCUAUUUUUGACCAGGAAAACCUUGAGAAAGGUGGAGGAGGAAUACAGGUUAACGUGAGGGAUGCCAUCUCUAAGUCAACUGAGGUUGCACGUUUGGAGAGAGAGCAACAGCCUUUUAAAGCUCAACCAGUGAAAGAAAACAAUGCAGGACCAUUGGAAGCAGCACCAAAUAAAUUCAGUACUCAGGAUACAGUACAGACAAAUGUCGAUAGACAGGUUGAAAAGCCAAGCUGCUCUGUAGGAGGAGUGGAAACAUCAAACGCUUCUUUGCAGCUUUCCACUUCCCAGUCACCAAGCAUAACCAGCUUAAGCGUGAAUAAUCUGAUACACCAGAGUCGCAUUGUCCAUCCCCUCGUGAGUUGCUCAAGUUUAUCCCAGUCUUCAGAGCCAGCAAGUGUCCUUGCAACUGUGAGCCUCUCCCUUCCAUCUAGUACGUACGUCAACCAGUCUCCAGGACCCGCUAUGAUGAGUGAAUAUGCUCAGGAACAACUGAAUGCUAUUAGGGCAAGCACCAUGCAGGCUCCCCAGCUGCAGGAGUCACACUUAAAGCAGCAAAAUCAUGAAGGUCGCAAGGACUCUGCCAAGCGGGCUGUUCAAGAUGACCUUCUGCUCUCUACAGCAAAGAGGCAAAAGCAGUGCCAGACAACCCCCAUAAGGCUUGAAGGGAUGGCGUUGAUGAACCGAACACCAGAGAGCAUUGCUGAUCAAACACAGAUGCUAGUUAGUCAGAUUCCUCCUCCUAAUUCAUCCAAUUCGGUGGCAUCAGUGAGCAAUCAAGGGCACACAGAUGGCCUUAAUAGGUUAUUCCCAUCAAACAGCAACUUUGUAACACCAGCUUUGAGGCAAACUGAAGUUCAGUGUGGUUCUCAGCCAUCAAUUUCAGAGCAAGGCCAGGCAGGGCAGCACUUGCAGCCAAUUCAACAUGUUCCUGCUCAAGGUAUAUCUCACCUUCACAGUAAUCAUCCGUACUUAAAGCAACAGCAGGCUGGCCAGUUAAGAGAAAGGCACCACUUGUAUCAGCUGCAGCACCACGUCGCUCACGGGGAAAACUCGGUCCACUCUCAACCCCACAGCGUCCACCAACAGCGAACAAUACAGCAGGAGGUGCAGAUGCAAAAGAAACGAAAUCUCAUCCAGGGAACACAAGCCACACAACUUUCUCUACAGCAAAAACACCACGGAGGUGAUCAAACACGGCAAAAAGGUGGUCAGCCUCAUCCUCACCACCAGCAAAUGCAGCAGCAGAUGCAGCAGCACUUUGGAGCUUCCCAGCCUGAAAAGAACUGUGAAAAUCCUGCAACAAGCAGAAACCAUCACAACCACCCUCAGAGCCAUAUAAAUCAGGAUAUUAUGCAUCAACAGCAACAAGAAGUUAGCAGCAGACAGCAAGGUUCAGCUUCUGAACAUGUGUCAGGGCACAAUCAGAUGCAGAGACUUAUGACCUCAAGGGGCUUAGACCAGCAAAUGGUGUCCCAGGCAAGUAUUGUAACCAGACCGUCAGAUAUGACGUGCACCCCUCAUAGGCAGGAAAGAAACAGAGUUUCCAGCUACUCUGCUGAGGCACUGAUUGGGAAGACGCCCUCUAAUUCGGAACAGAGAAUAGGAAUAUCUCUUCAAGGCCCUAGGGUUUCUGACCAGCUUGAAAUGAGAAGCUAUCUGGAUGUUUCUAGAAAUAAAGGGUUGGUUGUUCAUAAUAUGCAGGGCCGCUUAUCUGUCGACCAUACAGUUGGCUCAGAUGUGCAGCGGCUUUCUGAUUGUCAAACUUUUAAGCCAGCUGGACCCAAUCAACAACCGACGGGCAAUUUCGACGUACAGGCUUCAAGAAACAGCGAAAUCGGUAAUUCUGUGUCAUCCCUCAGGGGCAUGCAGUCGCAAGCUUUUCGAAUCAGUCAAAAUACUGGGCCGUCAUCCAUAGAAAGACAGAAGAGAUUGCCCUACCAGCCAGUACAGGGUAUUCCAACAGGGAAUACCCUGCCAUCAAGGGAAAAUGAAAACACAUGCCACCAAAGUUUUAUGCAGAGUUUACUUGCCCCUCACCUUGGAGAUCAAGUUAGUGGAAGCCAAAGAUCAAUCCCAGAACAUCAAAGGAACACGCAGUGCGGCGCCACCUCCACAAUUGAGUACAACUGUCCCCCAGCACGGGAGAGCGUCCACAUCCGAAGAGACGGUGAUGGCCAGAGUAGGGAGAGCUGUGACAUGUCUAUUGGUGCAAUUAACACAAGGAACAGUUCUCUGAAUAUUCCUUUUUCAAGUUCUUCUUCCUCGGGAGACAUUCAGGGCCGCAAUACAAGCCCAAACAUCUCUGUGCAGAAGUCCAAUCCCAUGAGGAUGACGGACAGCCAUGGAACUAAGAGCCACAUGAAUACGCCUGUUUCUAGCAACAUGCAUGGAGUUGUGAGGCCAACUCACCCUCACCCGGCAGUUUCUCACGGAAAUGGCGAGCAAGGACAACCUUCUGUUCGUCAGCCAAACUCUUCAGUUACUCAGCGGUCGAGGCAUCCUCUGCAAGAUAACGGAGGUUCUAAAAUACGUCAGCCCGAAAGGAAUCGAUCUGGAAAUCAAAGACAUGGAAACGUCUUUGACCCUAGUCUUCCCCAUCUUCCUCUGUCCACCAGUGGUAGUAUGAUCCUUGGGCGCCAGCAGUCUGCGAUAGAAAAAAGAGGAAGCAUUGUCCGAUUUAUGUCUGAUGGCCCUCAAGUCUCUAAUGAUAACCCGGCCCCUGACCAACACACUCUCUCUCAGAAUUUUGGAUUCCCUUUUAUUCCAGAGGGUGGCAUGAAUCCACCGAUAAAUGCCAAUACCUCUUUCAUCCCACCAGUCACUCAGCCUAGUGCCACUCGAACACCAGCUCUAAUCCCUGUCGAUCCUCAGAAUACCCUGCCAUCCUUCUACCCUCCUUACUCCCCUGCCCAUCCUACCCUUUCCAAUGACAUCUCUAUCCCUUACUUUCCCAAUCAAAUGUUUCCUAACCCAAGCACAGAGAAGCCGAGUAGUGGAAGUUUAAACAAUCGAUUUGGAUCCAUUUUGUCUCCUCCCAGGCCUGUUGGUUUUGCUCAGCCGAGUUUUCCUUUGCUUCCGGAUAUGCCACCGAUGCACAUGACCAACACAUCGCACUUAUCCAACUUUAACUUGACAUCUUUGUUUCCAGAAAUAGCCACAGCUCUUCCUCCAGAUGGUUCAGCAAUGUCGCCUUUGCUUUCCAUUGCAAACACAUCUGCUUCAGAUUCUUCUAAGCAGUCCUCAAACCGACCUGCCCACAAUAUAAGCCAUAUUCUAGGUCAUGACUGCAGCUCAGCUGUAUGAAAACUGAUAGACUGACUUCUAGUCUGAUGUAUUGUUUAUAUAUUUAAGAAGAAGAAAGUGGAUCUUACAGGCAUCCCUGAAGAAACCAUUCAUAGCAUCACUGUUUAUUUGCCUAAAUGUAUGUAUAUGGGUACUUUGGGUAUUUAUAUACACACUGUAUUUCCAUCCACCUUACUAACUUUAAAGCACCAGUGCCUAUAGCAAUGCUUACUUACUAGUAAACAGUAAGGACGCAACAUUGAGAGCUGUGCAAAUCUUGGUUGUUGAUUUUCCAACAAUCAAGUUUGAUGUCCGAUUGUUCUAGGGUAAGGGCCACCCUCAGUAGUACGUGGAUGUAAAGAAAGGAGUGAGAGCAUCCGUAUGGGAGACAGGAAACAAAUGCUAAAGGUUUCGUUUUGUCUCUGAUGUGUUUACCUGAAACUACAGACGAACUUGAAGUGGCUUGGGUUUCUCUGUUUCCUUUGUAAAAUACCUUCAGGAGCCUCAACACAAGUCAAGUCUGUGUUAACCCAGCGUUAAUUGAUAAAGACAUUUCUUGUGCGGCUUUUGUCUGUUUGAAGCUUGUCACAUGCACUUGACUUAAGGCUGACUUUACCUGGCAAAAAUUACUGUGUGUUUCCAUGGUCAGCAAUUAAAAAUACUGGUUUAGAAAACUCGGAUUCCUUUAACCCACGACUUUCUGUUUCCAAGAAGAAUUUUGUUUGGAUCCGUUCUAACAGUGGCUUCAGUUACUGCUGAACUUGGUCAAUGUUUUAAUGUAGCUUACAACUCCUUCUGGUGUAGUCAGCGGAGACAGCAGUCGUAUUUAUUGCCAUUUCAUUGUUCGUAUGCUGCAAGUUACCUCAGGGUGGGUUUUGUACCUUGUUUAGCACCUUCUUAAUGUCUUAGUUUGGUUCGGUUUGGGUUUUUUUCCCUCUCCUUUUCUUUGGCCCUUGCUCAAACAUCAGCUUUCUGGUUUCUGUGAGUGACAGCCCUUUGUUGUACGAGGCAGCGCAUGGGAGGAGGACUGAGCCUGUGGUGUCCCGCAAAAGGCACGGCAUCCCCUGUGGGCACAGUUUUUACUGAAUGUCGCCAACAGGAUCGGGCCCAAGUAAAUAUCAGUACUUUGCACUUGAAUGCACCUUUUGUCUAAACGUGUAUGAUUGUGGCUGAAGGAGGAACAUGGAUGUGUCAAGGCCGAAGCACUGCAGACCAGGAAGAUGUCGUGAUUUGAGCACCAUGAGGAAGCAGGAUGCGUUUGUAUGUGUGUGAGAGAUGGAGUGAGUGUGCGCGCGCUGGCUGAGUGUCCAGUAUUUUCACAAAUUUUGGUCCCGUUUCUUUUAAAGGAAAGGGAAGAACUAGGUAAGUUUUAUUUAUUUAAUGGCUCUGCAGUGUGAUUUUUCUUAAAACAAGGCAGAAAUAUUUUUCUUUUAUGUGCUUGGAAAUACCCUUGUGGUUUCAAUUCUUCAAAUAACAGUAACUUCAGGUGUCCUUGUAUGCAAUCCUCUCUUUACCAGCCAGACAGUGGCAAAAACUGCUCUGGGGCCUCUUCUGUGGGCAGGGUAAGCUUGAAAUACUUGUGUGUUGCCCACCAGUGCAUUGUCUUGCUACUUCUGGGACCUGUCACAGGUUCUUCCCCAGCACCUUUCCUAGUGGGAUGGGUAGGGGAGAGCAUGCUCCCUGGGAUUUUUUAGGGAUUUUUUUUUUCUUUAAAAAGCAGAAAGGAAGGUGUUCCUCCAUCUUCAAGAACAGGACCCACAAAGAGGUACCUGAAAGUUUUUUCCUAGCUUGACUGCCCAGGCUUCAUUUUUGCUAAGUCCUUUUACACUGAUUCGGGAAAGUAAAGAGGCUUUAGCAUAAAGAAUUGGGCUGUGUCUGUAGUCAGUCCUGACAAUGUCUUCGCUCUUGUAACCUGGGGUCUGAUGUUUUCCUACAGAGUAAAAUGGUUCUGAUUCAAAUUGGGAAUUGCUUUUUUAAUUCUGGUGGAGCUUAUCUUAGGACACUAAAUCCAAGUGGUGCAUCAGUUCUCUGUGUUUAUUAAAAAUUAUAGAUUGAAUAUUUAUUUCACUUCAAAGCAAGGCAGCUUGUCUGAGUUUGACUGUGAAAUGGGCUGCCAGAGCGUAGUCACCGACCGAAUGGCAGCAACUGGCCUGUGCAGAGCAGGAGGGUUAGGAAUGACGGUCAGUCCUCAACUCCGACUAAGCGUACUGCAGAUCUGGGUGUUCUCUGAUCAAAUUGAUUUCCCUAAGGCAGUAGAUCCCAAAGGGGCUGCCUCAGGUGGUGAAAUGAGUUCCAUAAUGAUGAGUGGUUCUGUGGGUUGUGGAUGAUAGAGACAGGGGGACUGAAUCAGCAGCUGCACUGUCUGUUACAUACUCGUCUGACCGUUAGGAGGGAAGCAAGACAGAUGUUCUUGCACUUGUUAAAUGGCAGUGUGCGUGCAACAGUGUGUUUGGCUUUCAAGACAAAUUAGUGAAAAAUUAAGCCCUGGCUUCCAGGACUUUAUAUAAAGACGGUAGUCCUACUCAUCAUUCCAGGCAUGCACGUAGUACCACAUUAGUUUCCUUUGCUGGGAAAACUACACUACUUCAUGAUGUCUCUGAAAACUGGAGUGAGCUUGUAAACUUAACAGUUGCAACAGCUGAAUGUUCACAAGUCCAUGGGGCCUGGUGGGAUUCACCCCAGAGUGCUGAAGGAGCUGGCAGAUGUUAUGGCAGGGCCACUCUUGAUCAUCUACCAAAGGUCUUGGGGAGCCUGGGGAGGUCCCUGCUGACUGGAAGCUAGCCAGUGUUAGUCCCAUCUACAAGAAGGGUGUGAGGGAAGAACCCUGGGAACUACAGACCUGUUAGCGUAACCUCAGUUCCUGGUAAAAUUAUGGAUUAGAUUAUACGGGGUACUAUUGGAAGGCAUUUAAAGAACAAUGCAAUCAUCAGGCACAGUCACCAUGGGUUCACAAAGGGAAAAUCCCGUUUAACUAAUUUGAUAUCCUUCCAUGAUAAGGUCACCCGCCUAGUGGGUGAAGGGAAGGUGGUGGAUGUAGUUUUUCUGGAUUUUAGUGAGGGUUUUGAUACUGUCCUUCAUGGCAUCCUUCUGGACAAAUUGUCCAACUGUGAGAUGAGUGGGUUCAUGGAGUGCUGGGUGAAGAACUGACUGAAGGGCAGACCUCAACGAGUUCUAGUGAAUGGGGCUACGUCUGGCUGCCAACCAAUCACCAGUGGUGUCCCUCAGGGUUCAAUUCUAGGGCCAGUUCUGUUCAAUACAUUUAUCAACGAUCUGGAUGCAGGAGUUGAAGGCACCAUUACCAACUUUGCUGACCAUACCAAGCUGGGAGGUGCUGUUGACUCUCUUGAAGGACAAGAGGCCUUGCAGAGGGAUCUAGAUAGAUUGGAGCACUGGGCUAUGAUUAAUGGGAUGAAAUUUAACAAGUCCAAAUGCCGGAUUCUGCACCCGGGACGGAGUAAUGCCAGGCACAAGUAUAAAUCGGGAGAGGAGCAGCUGAAGAGCAGCCCUGCAGAAAGGGAUCUGGGGGUGCUGGCUGACAGCAGUGUGCCCUGGCAGCCAGGAGGGCAAACCCCAUCCUGGGGGUGCAUCAAACACAGCGUAACCAGCCGGUCAAAGAGUGAUUAUCCUGCUGUGUUCAGCGUUGGUGCGGCCUCACUUGGAGUACCGUGUGCAGUUCUGGGCCCCACGGUUUAAGAAGGAUGUGAAGGUCCUUGAAUGCAUGCAGAAAACAGCAGCAAAGCUGGUGCAAGGGCUGGAAGGCAUGUCCUGUGAGGAGCGGCUGAGGGCUUUGGGCUUGUCUAGUUUGGAGAGAAGGAGGCUGAGGGGCGACCUCGGUGCUCUCUGCAGCUUCCUGAGGAGGGGAAGUGGAGAGGGAGGUGCUGAGCUCUUCUCUCUGGAAUCCAGUGACAGGGCACAAGGGACUGGUUCAAAGCUGCGCCAGGGGAGGUUCAGACUGGACAUUAGGAACCAUUUCUUAUUAGGAACCAAGGCUGUCAGUGUUGAAGAGGCAUUUGGACAAUGCCCUUAAUAACAUGCUUUAACUCGGUCAGCCCUGAAGAGGUCGGGCAGUUGAACUAGAUGAUCUUUGUAGGUCCCUUCCAACUGAAACAGUCCUGUCCUAUAUAUUUAUUCCUUCAUAUUGAUUUCACUAUUAAUUUCAGUGGUGUUAUAUUGAAGAUUAAUCAGUUAAAUGCCGUAGAAUGUGUCAGCUGUGAUUUUUUUUCUUGAGUUUUUCUUAAUGUACAUCAUUUUCCAAAGACGCAGUAACUGUGUCAGUAACUUUCAUGUGCCCCUUUCCUGUUUAUAAAGACCAAAAAUAGUGUCCUUGUCCACAGGAUGCCUGUGGUGCAGGUAAUCACAACACGGGCAUUUCAGUGAUAUAAAGACUAUUGUGAUUUUGCAGGAACUGCAGAGUUUUGCAGUGCGUGCCUCGAAAGUAACUAACUACCACGUGACCCUCAGUCUUCGCUAGAGGAUCGUACCUCGUGUUGUCAUGACAGAGCAUGGUGAUUUCUGAUCACUUUGUUGUCCUUCUCAGGACUUUGUUCUGAAAACUGCCGAGACCAAGAUGGAGAAAUAUCAUUUCAUUGCCCUCCUUGAAUGUGGCAAUUUCUGUUGAAGUUCAACCACGUACCAUCGUGGUAAGCGAUGCUGAAUGAUCCUGUGACGAUGGUGUGGGAUCAGGAAGACUGCUAUGAAAAGAAAGGUAGGCAGACCUAGCUGCAAGAGCUUCGUAUAAACACAUUUGUCCAAAUUCUGUUACUUACCCUGCUGACUGGCUUUUAGAUCAAUUUAAUUAAAGAAAAAUUGGCUCUGUUUUGCAGUCUUUUAUUCUAAUUGACUGUUCAAGAUGGUCUUUGAAUGCUGAAUCUGGCCAGGUCCCCUGGUUUAAGAACAACUUGUGGGUUUGCACAGAUUUCAGCUUCUCUCUUGCUCAUAGUUAGUCAGAUGCCCUUAGGAAGAACAGUGGAGGGACUGGAUAUUUCACAUCAAAAGAGAAGAAAUUAGACCUUAAGUGAUUUUUGUUAAUUUUUAAUUAUGAAAUUGUUUUAGUUUUCCUCUUCACCGUAAACUAAUCACCCCUGCCAUCCCACAUCAACCAGGCUUCUUGCAUUUAGUUUUGUAGGUCACAUUGUGCCAGUGACAGGUUGGUGGUUCAGCUUCCAAGUGCUGGCCCUUUCCCAGGGCUUUGGGCUCUGCUCUCAGGAAGAAAAGCAAUUGCAACAUCUUUGCCAUUGAGUGGAAACAACUUUGUCUUCCCUUUCAUUUUUUUCCUUUAUUUUUCCUUUCCCCUACCAUUGAAGCUGUUUGUUGUGUUUAGGUAUGAGAUUGAUAAGACAUUAAGGAAGGCUCACCUUACCUCGAUAUAUGCUUUUUUUUACAGAGGGGGUAGAGUUUUACAGAUCAACUAAUCCUGUUUUGUUAUAAUAACAAUUUGACAAGCAUCUACAUUUUCUUCAGCAAACAUCUAUGACACCAACAAUUUAUCAUUCUCUCCUAAGGAUUAACAGUUCCUUUGUUUUUCAAGAUAUAUUUGGAAAAGAUUUUUGUGGUUUUAAUUGCAAUUUGUUAGCCUGAGAAUGACAUUCUUCCAUGAUACCUUUUUGAAGGUUACUUAUAGAUUUUGAAGAAAGGAAAACUACCCGGUACUGCUUAAUUUAGCAAAAUAAGCAGCAGAAGGGAAAGGUUCAGCACUGCCUCUGGGGUGGGACUGCCACAGCUGAUAAGCGUUGUCUGUCUGUGGCUUUCGGCUUGGCCUAAAUGACUUAAACAAUAGCAAAUGGUGUAGGGCUGGACUGCAUGUGUGUCAGUGUAGUCCUUGAGUAAUCCCUUAAGAAGCCUAGGAGAAUAAGUUGAGAGCAGGAAAUAAAAUCAUAAUGUAUUAACAUUUAUAUACCUUUUCAUUGGGAGAAAGCACCCCAUUUAUAAGCAGCUAUGGAAACCGAGAACUGAAGUGAUUUGAGCCAGUGGCUGAGCCCUACUGGGAUGUGUUUUCUAGCUCCUGCCCCCUGCUCCAGUCACUACACUGCUGCCCAGGUGGAAGAGCACCUCUCUGAACAGCAAACAAAACGCUGUGCUAGUACAGAGCCUCCUGAAUUUUGCACAGAUUUCCUACUGCACUUUAAAGCUGUGCUGCUGCUGCUGCUGCUGCUGGUCACCGUAGUGCUGUUGCAGGAAUCAAAUUGCGUGGCAGGGCAGUUGCAGAGGGCAUUGCUGGAGAAAAGGGGUCGCUUCGUUAUUUCUGCUCUCCUGUUGUCUUUUCACCUUACUCAGAGGUAGUUGUGCAGCGCUGGCUCAAGGACUUGGUCACAAACUCACACUGUAAUCUGUUUCUGGAUGACUAAGUAAGUGUAGUCAGCUGCGCUAAGAGCUGUGAUCUUUUGCUACUCCUCAAAUAAGUUUCAUGCUCAUCACUUUAUUAAUCAUCUCACUUUGCCUGGAAAGACAGAGUAGCAUUGAAUCUAUUUAUACCAAAUCAGUCAAAUUUGUAUUUUCUGGUACAGUGAUACAAGGAGCUCCGUUCUUUAUUAUCACCUAACCGAAGUUACUACUUACUGCCGGUCCCUUCUGCCACUGAUCCAGCACAGGUAGCAGCCUCAUGGACAGGAGGGCCAGAGCAGACACAGGUUUGCAUGUGAGGGUGUUUUCAACCUCCUACUGCCUCUGCGAUCCUUAAUCUAAAACCUGAGAGCACCAACACUUUAUCCCCACUAGUUACACUGAGAGCAAGCUAUUCUGUGAACUGGUUAAAGAUUUAGCAGAGACAAAACUGUCUUUUCUCCGCAAACAAGCCCUCCUUAGUUACACAGAAGCCAUUUAUUAUUUGCUGAUACCAGUUUUUACAAGAUAAAUUAAAAAAAAAAAGAAGUAUUUCUUUCCACCUCACUAAAAGUAUUUUUACAAGUAGGUUUCCAACUUAUAUGUGCUGCUGUUUCGGCAAUCACAAAUAUGUUCGUAGUGGGUUUUACCUCUGUUCCUGCCCGCUCACUGUGAGAAGGGAAGCAAAUAUGGGUUUUUGCCACAGGAGAUUAAUCAAAGAUGCUGUUGCCCUCCACAAUGUAAAUUAUUUAUAGUCAGGCCAGAGUUUUCUGCUGUGCUUCUGUUUUAUACAGCUGUAAAUUACUUGGAUACAGCCCCAGUGGAAAGUCCUUACUAUUUUGUAAUGGAAAAAAGGAACUCUGCAGUAGAAAUCUAUAAUGAAUGAACAGGAACAUCAUCUUCCACUUGUAAAUAAGAUCUUGUUCUGUUUAUUUUGACAUCUUUUUACAAAUGUGUUGCAUUCAGGUGUAAAUAUCCCAAACCAUGAUCUUGUUCAGAGUUCUGAGAUUUCUAUUGUUAAAUGUAAUACUUUAAUAGUUGUAAUAAUUAUUUGUAUAGAUAUGAACACAAUAGUAUUUUAUUAAAAAAAGAAAAA